CCUCCACGACUCAUGUUUUUGCCACCGGGAGACCAAGUCAUUGCAGUCUGCAUGCGCCUUGGUCGAUAGAUAUGGAUCUAUCACGUUCCGCCACCUGCACCGUCGCGGCCGUCGCCGUCGUCUGCCUCAUGUUGCCGCGUCCCUGCGCGCCGGCCGGCGACCAGCUGGCCGUCGGCGAGCUGCUCUUGCUCGGGAAAUCCGUCGUGUCCGACGGCGGCGCCUUCGCUCUGGGCUUCUUCGUCCCGGACGAUGCCACCCCGGCCAGGCAGUACCUCGGCAUAUGGUACAACAACAUCCCCGGCCGCCCCACCGUCGUAUGGGUGGCCAACCGGGAAACACCACUCUUCGCCAACCGCACUUCCUCCUCCUCCGGCCCGGCCCCGGCGCUCGCGCUGGCCAACGACUCCACCCUCGUCCUGUCCGGCGCCGACGGCGGCGUUCUUUGGACAUCCGGCGUGCCCUCCGUGGGUACCUCGUCCUCGUCCUCAUCCGCCGUGCUUAGGAACGACGGCAACCUAGUCGUCCGGUCGCCGAACGGGACCGCGCUGUGGCAGAGCUUCGACCACCCGACGGACACCCUCAUCCCGGGCAUGAAGGUCCGGAUGAGCCACCGGACGCUGCGGGGUGACAUCUUCGUGUCUUGGAAGUCCCCCGGCGACCCGGCGCCGGGAAGCUUCUCCUACGGCGUGGACCCCGGUACGUACAUCCAGCUGCUCCUGUGGAACGGGACGCGCCCCUACUGGCGCUCUCCCGUGUGGACGGGGAUCGCCGUCACCACCAACUACAUCGGUGCUGGCACCGUCAUCUACACGGCGGUUGUCGACACCACCGAGGAGAUCUCCACGGCCUUCACUGUCUCCGACGGCGCCUCGCCCACGCGCUACGUGAUCACCAGCUCGGGCGAGUUCCAGGUCGUCAGCUGGAACGGCACCGCGUCGGCCUGGGCAACGCUCGAUUCGUGGCCAGGGUCCAGCGGGUGCAGCCGGUACGGCUACUGCGGCGCGUACGGGUACUGCGACGUCAUGGCGGCGGCGUGCAGGUGCCUCGACGGCUUCGAACCGGCCAACGCGGCGGAGUGGAGCGACGGCAGGUUCGAGCAGGGCUGCCGGCGGAAGGAGGCGCUGCCGCCGUGCGGCGUCUUGGAUGGGGAAGGAUUCCUGCCGAUGCCGAGCAUGAAGGUGCCGGACAAGUUCUUGCUGGAGGGCGGCAACCGGAGCGCGGAGGAGUGCGCGGCGAGGUGCGCGGCGAACUGCUCGUGCGUGGCUUACGCGUACGCCGACCUGCAAAGCAGCAGUGCCAAGGGGGAAGUGAGCCGGUGCCUCGUCUGGGUCGGGGACCUCGUCGACACGCAGAUGAUCGGCGGGCGCAUGGCUGUCAACGGCGAGACGCUCUACCUCCGGGUUGCCGUUGCUGCUGCUGCUUCCAGAGGAAGAAAUGCAAGCAAAAACGCACUGAAAAUUGUGCUGCCGGUGGUAGCAAGUGUCCUGAUGCUCACAUGCAUUUUCUGUUUAUGGUUCUGCAGGCUCAAAGACAAGGGAAGAAGAACCAACUCAACCGAGAGCCAAAACAAGCUGACCGCGUCUAAUUGGAAUGAAAUGGGCCAAGGAGAUCACACUGAAGAUCUUGAGUUGCCAUGCAUACGGUUUGCCGACAUUGUUACCGCCACACGGAACUUCUCCGAAACAUGCAUGAUCGGACGUGGAGGCUUCGGCAAGGUUUACAAGGGAACAUUAGACAGGGGUCAAGUGGUUGCUAUCAAGAGGCUGAGUAAAAAUUCAGAUCAAGGAGCAGAGGAGUUCAAGAACGAGGCCAUUUUGAUCUCCAAACUUCAGCACAGGAACCUGGUUCGUCUCCUUGGCUGCUGCACCGAGGCAGCAGAGAAGCUGCUCAUCUACGAGUACCUGCCCAACAAAGGCCUGGACACCAUCCUCUUCGACAGUGCAAUGAAAUCGGUGCUAGACUGGCCGACGCGGCUGGGGAUCAUCAAGGGCGUGGCGAGGGGGCUCCUCUACCUACACCAGGACUCUCGGCUGACGGUGAUACACAGGGACCUCAAGGCCAGCAACGUGCUGCUGGACGCGGAGAUGAGGCCCAAGAUAGCGGAUUUCGGCAUGGCCAAGAUUUUCGGUGACAACCAGGUGAAGGCCGACACCAAGCGCGUCGUCGGAACAUAUGGCUACAUUGCUCCCGAGUACUUGACGGCGGGCGUCUUCUCCGUCAAAUCCGACGUGUACAGCUUCGGCGUGCUGCUCCUGGAGAUUGUGAGUGGUGUCAGGAUCAGCUCUUCCGAUGGCAUCAUGGAGUUCCCGAGCCUUAUUGCCUUUGCAUGGAGCUUGUGGAGGGAAGGGAAGGCAAGAGACCUGGUGGAUCCAUCCAUGGCAGGGAGCUGUUCAACUGAUGAGGCAUUGCUCUGCAUCCACGUCGGGCUGCUCUGCGUCGAGGACGAACCAAGCAGGAGGCCGCUCAUGUCAUCCGUCGUGUCCAUAUUUGAGAACGGAAGUGUGUCCUCCAUGUCGCUCCCGACGCCGAUCCAGCCUGCAUAUUUCACAAUGAUGGAAGAGAGGAGAGACGAUACUGUGAACACCAGAAACACAAUGACCAUGACGGUUCUCGAGGGAAGGUAGCAUCAGUGCACUCCGAAUGCUUGUAGCUUAGAGCAUCUCAAAACUGCCGUUCAGAGUACUUUGGGCGAAAGACAGUGCUUCAACAACAGAUGAUGUUCAACAACAGAUGAUGUAUAUGCAUAUGAUGAUGCAAAUUAUUUCAUUAUGCCAAAAAAAGGCCUCCUGCUUCUACAUAUUUGGAGCGCCGCUACCGGUGAUGUAAAAACACAAUCGUAAUGAAACCGGUCUUUUUAAGGCACUUUAUGCCAAAAACAUGCAAGUUGCGACACGUCUGACCAUUUAUCGUUCCUUUUUUAUCGUGAAAACUUCAGAAAAUACAAAAUUUGUCGAAAACCAAAACAACUUGUCAUGAUGCCUUAAAUUUAUCAUACAAGGUCGUGAAACAGAUUUGGGGCCUUUCAAGAAUUUCGAGAAACAACGUGUUAUCGGACGGAGCGUUCUGUCCUACCUAGACACUCUCCGUUGAACAUGAUCUAGUUUGGGAAAUUCUUGAAAUGACUCCAUCUUUUACAAGCAGGUGAGAAUUCCCAUGUAGGCAUUCAUGCUAGGUUUGAACGAUUUCCGACACCGUAUGCAACUUGUGGCAUGUCCGACCUUUUUUGACCGAGAAACUCCAAAAAAAAAAUCAAAAUUUUGUUGAAAAACAAAAUAAGUUGGCAUGGUGCAUUGAAUUGGUCAUACAAGGCCAUAAAAAAUAGGGUAAUUUCAAGGAUACCGAAAAACAACGUGCUCUCAGACGGAGACUUCUGACCUACCCGAACACCCUUCGUUGAACAUGGUCUAUGUUUGGACAUUCUUCAAAUGAACCCAACAUUUGCAAGCAGGUGAGCAUGCCCCAUGGUAGGCAUCCAUGUCAGGUCUAAAUGAUUUUUGACACUGUAUACAAGUUCUGACAUGUUAGACCAUUUAUCGGCCUCUUUUAACUGAGAAAACUCCAGAAAAUGCAGAAAUUGUUAAAAAAAAUAACUUGGCAUGGUGCCAUUAAUUGGUCAUAUAAGCUCAUGAAAAGAAUUGGGGUCAAUGGAUGCAAGGAGACUUGCUCUCAAACGGAGUUUACUAGCCUCCCGAACACCCUCCGUUGAAUAUGGUGUUUUUUAGACAUUCACGAAAUGACCUCAGCUUUUGCCAGCAGGUGGGCACAUCCAUGGUAGGUAUCCAUGCCAGAAUUGAAGAAGAAAAAAAAAUGUCUGCCACAUGUAGCGACGAUUGUGUGCUUGCGAUAAGGACGUCAACUCCAUGGGCCAAGCUAACUAGUUGCACAAAAAAAUCACGAAUUUGAAAAAAGUUCGUGAAUUGAAAAAAAAAUCAUUGAUUUGAAAAAAAAUCACGAUUUUGACAAAAAAGUUUACGAAGUUGAUAAAAUAUUAUGAAUUUGAAAAACAUUCAUUCAUUUGAAAAAAGUUCACGGAUUAAAAAACAAGUUCAUAAAUUUGAAAAA